GAAUGCCCGAGCCUGCUAACGAAGGGAAGCUAACGGAGCUAUAGUGGCGGCCCGCAAUUAGGGUUCUAGCGUCCGAGGGAGCGAGCGCGGGCGCGGGAGGCGCUGGUCGUGCGGCUGCUGGGUUUAAGCGCUUUGUGGCAGCCAUUGGGGCCAUGGCGGAGAAGAAGAAGGCCAAGGCGGACCAUGAGGAAGUGUCGGAGGUAGAUAACGAGCUAGUUAGCGCUAUUGAGAAGUUACAGGAUGUACAAGACGAACUUGAGAAGGUAAACGAGGAAGCUAGUGAUAAAGUUCUGGAAGUUGAGCAGAAGUACAAUGAGAUCCGGCGGCCCGUUUACAACAAGAGGAACGAGAUUAUUCGAAGUAUACCGGAUUUCUGGCUCACUGCUUUUCUGAGCCAUCCAGUUCUAUGCGAUCUGCUAAGCGAGGAGGACCAAAAGGUUUUCAAGCAUCUACAGUCUUUGGAUGUAGAGGAUUUCAAAGACGUGAAAUCUGGAUACUGCAUCACAUUCUCGUUCAAACCAAACCCAUACUUUGAAGAUACAAAACUAGUAAAGGUUUUCCGGUUUUCCGAUGAAGGUACAACUUCGAUUUCUGGCACGAAGAUUCGAUGGAAAGACGGAAUGGAUUUAACAAACGGUGCCGCUGUAGAAAAGGAAGGCAACAAACGGCCUUUAAUAGAAGAGAGCUUUUUCAAGUGGUUUAACGAUAGCCAACAGAAGGAAACGACCGAGGGCAUCCAAGACGAGGUACCGAAUAAAAAAACUGCGUUUGUUUCUAAUCCUUCAGGCCAUGCUCUCCAGGUCGCGGAUGUCAUCAAAGAGGAUUUGUGGCCCAAUCCUUUGAAGUACUUCAACAAUGAUGGCGACUCGGAUGAAUAUGAAGACGAAGAAGAGGACGAUGAAGACGGAACGGGCGCAAAGCGAGUUGCCGAUGGUUUUGAAGAAGAAGAAGAAGAGCCAGACGACGACGACGAUGAGGAGUAGAAGCUGGUGCGCGAGCGAUGUUCAUAGCUUGAGAAAAAUGACCCGCAGCCAUAUUAACACUACAUUUCCGUGAGAGACACACAGAGUGAGUGAUAGCAAGUACGAGUUUCUACAGCAAAAGAAGGAUUUUCCCGCGUAGGUAGCCUUUCCUUUUUUUUUUUGUUUAGUUUGUCCCCUCUUUGGAAAAGUAUCAGGGUUGACUUCCACAAAACAAAAAAGCUUCGAAUUCUUGCACCGGCAA